AUGGUUUUGUCUCUUUCGCUGGUGUUUAUCGCCGCUUUUGCUAUCAUCUUCGCUGUCGUCUCAUUCUUUGUCUACCUAUUUACACCACCUCGCAAUUUUCCAAAGAACAUACCAACUAUUCCAUUCUAUUACGGUCUUCUACCGCUUUUCAAAGAUGUCGAUCAAGCUGAGCUUUACCGACAAUACCUUAAGGAACCUCUGGCCAAAUAUGGCGCAGUCAAGUUGUUCUUCGGUGGACAGUGGAGCAUCUUGGUAACCAAACCAGGAUAUAUUGCGGAGAUGUUUAAGUACGAAGAUACCUACGCCAAGUCCGGAAAUCAAGUCAAGAUUCCGCACAGCGUGCUCGCCGAGUACACAGGCGAGAACAUCAUCAGUGCGCAUGGCGAGAAAUGGAGACUCUACCAACGCGUCAUCAAACCCGCUCUACAAGCUGAUCAAGACUCCGAGCAAAUCUGGAAGAACUCUAGGAUCCUCAGAGACAUGUUUCUGGGCGACUCGAAGACUGCUGGCGGCAAUGGCAUCACAAUAUACUCAUCUCUUCACCGGUAUGCACUCGCCAAUCUCUCGGAAGUCUUGUAUAGCUCAAGCUUCGAGACGCUGCAGCAUCCGGACGCUCCACUGCACAUGAUCCAGAUGAAGAUCAAGCCGAUCAUCUUCAAGCCUAUCUUCAUGAACUUUCCAUUCCUCGACUAUCUGCCAUUAAAGAUUCGGAAGCUUGGUCGUACGCUUAACAAGCAGUUCCGCGGCACGCUUCGUACUGCCAUUUCCAAAGGACAUGCCCGACACGUCUGCAAUGAGAAAGACAACAGGAAUGUCGCUUGUAGAUUACUGGGCUCGCACCGUGAAGGCAUACUCAGCGACAAGGAUCUCGACGACAACCUCGUCAGCACCUUCCUAGCUGGCCAUGAGAACCCCCAGCUCGCACUCAUGUCCCUUAUGUACCUUCUCGGUACACAUACAUCAGUCCAAGAAGCGAUUCGCAAAGAGAUCUCAAUCCUUUUCCCCGUCGAUGCACCCGCCGAUUACGAGCCAUCCUAUACCGAUCUCCACGAUCUGCCACUCCUCACCUCAGUCCUCUACGAAUCCCUACGCAUGUUCCCCCCGAUCUCACAACUGAUCAACCGUCGCACUACAACGCCCGUCGUCCUCGGCAACAAGAUUCCUGUACCCUCCGGUGUCUAUAUGGGCUAUAAUGCGUACUCUACAAACCGCGACAUUGAGUUCUGGGGCACCGAUGCCGAGGAUUUCAAGCCGCAGCGCUGGGGUACUACAAACGAAGAGAUCAACCAACUAUACCGUCGCGCCAAUUCCAAGGGCUCCUUCAUCAGCUUCCACGGUGGAAGGAGAGCCUGUUUGGGACAGAAGUUUGCGAUGCAGCAGUUGAGAAUUACUUUGGCAGAAUGUCGUGAGAGCUUCGACAGCGAUGACUACCCUUCACCACAUGCCGUAGACGAAUCGGAGCAGUCAUUAACGAAUGACACUGUUCCUCCACCACCACCGCCGCCAGUAUAUUCGGCCUUCUCAAUCAAUCGCAGGAGGUUUAUCUUAGGUGUCGUUACCGCGGCAGGCUUCUUUGGACCACUAUGCGGAGCGGUCUACUUGCCAUCUCUGAAGCUGUUUCAAAAGGUCUUCGAGACAUCAGAAACUGCGGUCAAUGGUACAGUUUCAAUGUACAUGGUGGUGUUCGCGAUCGCUCCUCUCUUUGGUGCCGCAGCCUCUGAUGUUGGUGGUAGGAAAACGGUGUAUAUGGUCGGACUCGGCAGUUUCCUCAUCGCCAACACGUUGCUUGCUGUACUGCCAGCACACAUCGCUCUCUUGUACUUUCUCCGUAUUUUCCAGGCAUUCGGAUCAUGUAUCGUCUUCUCAGUUGGAGCCGGUACAGUAGCCGAUAUCACAGAGCCUGCCAGACGUGCAUCCGCCUUAGCAUGGUUCCUCAUGGGACCUCAGCUUGGCCCUAUCCUUGGUCCACUUAUAGGCGGUCAAUUCGCAACCGAGACCAGAUGGCGAUGGGUUUUUGGCUUCCUCUCGCUCACCAGUCUUCCGGUGUACCUUGCCAUCGUUUUCUGCAUGCCAGAAACCCUACGAUCGCUAGUGGGUAACGGCACAGCUCUCGCGCACCAGCCUUGGUUUUCGAUACCAAAGUUCCGGACGAAGCCCUGUACGGACACGAAAGUCCCGAAGGCUCCCCGGCCAUCGUUUCGAAAGUUCAUGCAUCUCCUCAAGUACCCUCCUCAUUUGAUUGUCUCUUUCAAUGGAGCCUUCCAGUUUGCCGGUUUGUAUGGCAUGUACAUAUCCUUCCCCACCAUUUGGCAAGAGGGCUACAAUUGGACAACUGCAGAAGUUGGUUACGGCUUCCUUUGUCCCGGUAUUGCAAUGUUCAUUGCCUCGAUCUUGGUUGGUCGACUUUCCGACUACAUGCGAAAAACAGCCAUUGCGAACAGCCCCGAUGGCAAGGUUGCACCCGAACGAAGGAUUGCCAUCCAGAUACCCGGUUUCCUCAUCGCUGCGGCCGGAAAGAUCAUGUUCGGUUGGUUCGCACACAAUCGCGUACACCCAGCGGCAGGUCUCUUCAGCUCGGCUCUCGCAGCAGUAGGCGUGUCGGUCGUCUUCGUCACUAGCACUUCAUUCCAAACUGAGUGUGAUCCUGCUCAGACUGCCAGUCUAGUGGCAUUAGGAGGCUUCCUUCGCAAUGUCGCUGCGGCGAUUUGCGCAGCCAUCAUGGGUAGCAUCUUAGAUGGAAUGGGCUGGGGAUGGGCGUUCACCGGCCUAGGAGUCUUGGACCUCAUCUGCAUACCAGGAAUACUUGUGAUCAUGGUCCGUGGCGCAAAGUUUCGUGAGGCGUUGAAACGCGAGCAGCAGCUUAGCAAGUAG